GGUAGAGGACUAGAGGUUUCAAAAUGUCAACAGUGUACGUUUCCCCAUGUAAAGACUAGAGACUAGUAUAAAUAUGUGAUACAAGUCAUACUAGCUACCAUAUCUCUUACCACAACAACUCUCACAUGCAUGGACAUGGAGUCCCAAAACCACCAAAUCCCUCCAACCCAAAACCCUCCUCAUCCCAUUCCCGAGUCAUCGCCACAACCCAGUUUUCCGGCCAAACUUGCCCACCAGCUGAAAUUCAAUCUCAUUUUCAGGUCCAAAUGGGCCGAGUUGAACGGUGCAAUGGGCGACUUAGGCACCUACAUCCCAAUCGUAGUGGCCUUAACACUAGCCAGAGACUUGAACUUGGGCACCACCUUGAUCUUCACCGGAAUCUACAACAUCAUCACCGGAGCCAUCUACGGCGUUCCCAUGCCGGUCCAACCUAUGAAGGCCAUUGCCGCCACAGCCCUGGCCAACCCGGAUUUCGGCAUCCCCGAAAUCAUGGCCGCCGGAAUCCUAACCGGUAGCACCCUCAUCGUUUUGGGUGCCACCGGUUUGAUGCAACUGGUCUAUAAGUUGAUCCCUUUGUGUGUGGUCAGGGGAGUUCAACUGGCACAGGGAUUGUCAUUUGCGUUAACCGCGGUCAAGUACAUUAAGAAGGUGCAAAACUUGCCCAAAUCCAAAGCCAUGGGGGAGAGGCACUGGUUUGGGUUGGAUGGUUUGGUGUUGGCUAUUGUUUGUCUUUGUUUCAUAGUCAUUGUUAAUGGUGCAGGUGAGGAAUAUCAUCCAGUGAGGGAAGGUGAAGUUGAGGUUGAAGAAGAAAGACCUAGCAGAAAAAAGAGGUGGAGGAAAAUCAUAGCUUCACUCCCUUCGGCUUUUUUAAUUUUUGUGUUGGGUGUGAUUCUGGCUUUUAUAAGAAAGCCAAAAGUUGUGCAUGAAAUUAAAUUCGGGCCAUCUCCUAUGGAGGUUGUGAAGAUUAGUAGGCAUGCAUGGAAAGAUGGGUUCAUCAAAGGGACAAUUCCACAACUGCCCCUGUCAAUAUUGAACUCAGUGAUUGCUGUGUGCAAAUUCUCCUCUGAUCUUUUCCCAGAUAAAGAUUUCUCUCCCACAUCAAUUUCGAUCACGGUUGGGCUGAUGAAUGUGGUGGGUAGUUGGUUCGGAGCCAUGCCCAGUUGUCACGGGGCCGGCGGGUUGGCCGGCCAGUACAAGUUUGGGGGGAGGAGUGGAGGGUGUGUGGCACUACUAGGGUCAGCCAAAUUGGUGUUGGGUUUGGCUUUAGGGACUUCUCUGGUGACCAUUUUGAACCAAUUCCCAGUUGGGGUUUUGGGGGUGUUGCUCUUGUUUGCUGGGAUUGAACUGGCUAUGUGUGCUAGGGACAUGCAUACUAAAGAAGAGUCCUUUGUGAUGCUUAUUUGCACUGCUGUUUCACUAGUGGGUUCGAGUGCAGCACUAGGAUUUGUGGUGGGGAUGGGUGUGUAUGUUCUACUUUGGCUGAGAAAGUUGGGCUGCAAAGACAAACCUAAUUGGAUGAUAUGGAAGCAUGGUCGAACCAUAGUAGAAAAUUAUGAUCACAACCCAUGAUGCAUGGUGUAGCUAGACUUGUAUGUGUUUCAAAAAUGCUUGCUCAUAUGGUGCAGGGGGUUUGGAAUCAUGAUGUCCAUCACAAAAUCACAAGUCACAACAUCAUUAGCCGUAAAAGCUCAUAAUGGGGGAGAGAGAUAUAUUCUGAUCGACAAUAUUAUACAGAGUUCGAGUUGACAAACCAUUUGAUUGGAAUUAGCUAUAUAUAUAUAUAUAUAUAUAUAUAUAUAUAUAUACAGUCUCUAUCCAGAGCUAGACCUCGCUUUGAAAUUAAAGUGUGAGGUUGGAGUUUAUAGUCACUUUUCGGUCGCACAUCCACAUCUCGACCGUUCAGUUUUUAGGUACUAAUGUAUAGAUCAUCUCUACAAAAUUUCAGCCAAAUUGAUGAUCUUUAAGGUAUCUAACUCGCUUAAACCAAUGGACGAACUGAAUCUGUCAAACCUGGACCGUACUAGUUUUAAGGCAGUUACCAAUGCCUUAAUGACUAUCAAUUUAGCUGAAAGUUUGCAGAGAUGAUCUAUACAUUAAUACCUAAAAACUGAACGGUCGAGAUGUGGAUAUGCGACUGAAAAGUGACCCUAAACUCUAACCUCGCACUUUAAUUUCAGAGCGAGGCCUCACUCUGGAUAAGAUCUGUAUAUAUAUAUACUCUGAUCGACAAUAUUAUACAGAGUUCGAGUUGACAAACCAUUUGAUUGGAAUUAGCUAUAUAUAUAUAUUGCGGUCUAGUUGAGAGACUUUUUACAAUAGAUUAUGCUUUAUGUCCUCACUUUUCAGUAAAGAGAUGCGCUGCUUAAUAUGCUCUUUGAAUAAAUUCUAGCUAUACUCUGUUCAUA